UGUUCUGUUGGUAAAUUUUAUUCGUUUUCAGUUUUGAUGAUGGCGAUAGACUGAAUCUAUUUGUUCAAUUUCCUUCGUUAGUUAGUUGCAUGAACUAACGUGAUUUAUUUGCUAGCUAACGAAGGUAUCAAUGUUUUUAAAUUUAAUUUUUAUUUUACUGUAACCUAGGAAAUUGUUUUUUUUAAAGUGAGGAAGUUUGGAGUAAUCAACGAACGCUACAAGAUUUGGAUUUCUCUCGCCUUGCAUAACAUUAUAUUUCACUUACAAGAUGGACCGCCUAUCGAUGGACGUAGAGGAAUGCGAAAUGAACCCAAUGUAUGCGAAACGCCUCAUCAAACAGACGGCCGCCUACUACAUGCGUUCGGUCAAGAUUCGCCCCACUAUGACGUCACCGACCACAGAGUACGAAGCGGUCAGCAACAAACGGCCGCUACCGGCAGACCUAUCCGACACUCUGUGUGACAUGGACAUUGAGAACGUGGAGAAUGUAGCGCAGAAUUUGACGCCUGCGCCGUCGCCCGUCAAGAAGGACUCGGUGGAGCGCUGGCUCAUGGACUGUAAUGCGGAGAAGGGGGUCGCCGAGGAGAGUGAGAAAGUGAACAGUCAGCAGGUGGCCAGUAGUGCUGCGUCACAAGCGGACCAAUUAUCGAUAUCAUCGAGAUGUUUCGACUUUCCCCAGUCGACGAUGUCGAAGCUAACAGCGAAAUUGCCCCGCGAGCUUCCCGUCGCUGAUCGCUACAUUCCCGCGCGGGGAGGAGCCAGCUGGCAGACCAGGUUCUCACUCAUACCGGAGGGGCGGUUGACGAGUGUGACGGCGCCGAAGAAGUCGCGGGAGACGAGUGGGAGCGGCGGUGCAGGAGGUGGCGGAGGCAGUGGAGGCGGCAGUGGUGGGGGUGGUGAGAGCAAUCGUGACGGCCUGGCCUACACGUGUCUGCUGCGCAACGAGCUGCUCGGAGCCAACAUAGAGGGGGUGAAGGGGCAGUGCGACGAGCGGCGUGCCGUGUCCGAGCCUGAACGCAACAAUCUCUUUCAGUAUAUGACGCACGUGGAGAACGAACAGAACAUAGAGUCGAUAGCGCCCUACUCACUAUCACCGGUCGGACCUAAAAGUCAGAAGCUGCUCAGGUCACCUCGCAGAGCCACCAGGAAGAUUUCCAGGAUACCGUUCAAGGUUUUGGACGCGCCCGAGCUUCAGGACGACUUCUACCUGAACCUGGUGGACUGGUCGUCCCAGAACGUGCUGAGUGUUGGCCUGGGCAGCUGUGUGUACCUGUGGUCGGCAUGCACCAGUCAGGUCACACGGCUCUGCGACCUCUCCAACGAUGCCAACAGCGUCACCUCGGUCGCAUGGAAUGAACGGGGCAACCUGGUGGCCGUGGGCACACACACGGGCUACGUGCAAGUGUGGGACGUGGCCGUGUCGAAGCAGGUGAACAAGCUGAUGGGUCACUCGGCGCGGGUGGGUGCGCUCGCCUGGAACGGGGACAUGUUGUCGUCGGGCAGUCGCGACCGCAUGAUUCUGCAGCGCGACAUUCGCACCCCCCAAAUGGUCGCCGAACGCCGGCUGGUGGGGCAUCGGCAGGAGGUAUGUGGACUGAAAUGGUCACCAGACAACCAGUAUUUAGCUUCAGGUGGUAAUGACAAUCGACUGUACGUUUGGAACAUGCACUCGUUAUCACCACUACAAACCUACACUGAGCAUUUGGCUGCCGUCAAAGCGAUAGCAUGGUCACCACAUCACCACGGCCUGUUAGCUUCGGGUGGAGGCACAGCUGAUCGAUGCAUUCGAUUCUGGAACACGCUGACAGGCCAACCCAUGCAGUGUGUCGACACUGGAUCACAGGUCUGCAACCUCGCCUGGUCCAAGCACUCCUCCGAACUGGUGAGCACACACGGCUACUCGCAAAACCAGAUCCUGGUGUGGAAGUACCCGACGCUGACGCAGGUGGCCAAGCUGACUGGGCACUCGUACAGGGUGCUCUACCUGGCCAUGUCCCCCGACGGCGAGGCCAUUGUCACCGGCGCCGGCGACGAGACGCUCCGCUUCUGGAAUGUAUUCUCCAAAGUCCGAUCUCAGAAGGAAAGCAAAUCCGUGUUGAAUUUAUUCUCCAAUAUACGAUGAAACCUAACUUUCGUUUAUUUGUAAGUUAGUUAGAUUCUUACUGGUGAAAUUUGAAAAUGUGUUAUUUUUAUACUGUACAUCUUGAACGCCACAAACACAACAUAUAUUAUUUUAUUGUAUAUAAUUCACUUAUACUGUGAGAUUUUUAACUUGUUUCAAAAGUGUAUUAAUAUUUAUUUACUUUACUAGAGUGGUGUAUUUUGAUUUGAUGUAGAUCAUGCGAAGAAUUGUUUUUGGUUUGUCUGCUGUAUUUUUUGUUUAUUUCAAAUUCUACCAUUGCAUUUGGGUUUGUAUCUAGAUUUUUAGAUACCAUGUGAAGGGUGAUAGUUAUUGUAAAUUACAUAGGACUCUGGUCUAUUGACGUUGUCUUGAUGUGGUUGUCUUAAAUAUGGUGUCUGAAUGUUUUUAUAGAUUUAUUUUAUCUAUUUGCUUGUGACUUUAAGACUUACGUAAUACUUGAAAAGUAUAAACUUUUUAAAAGUUUACCCUCCUAGAAAUAAUAUCAAAUAGAUUAGAUUAUAGACUUAGAUGUAUAGUAUUAUACUGUAAGAAUAUUGGGCUUUCUUCCUUCAUCAUUAUCAUCAUCGUUUCAUUUUUUCAUAGUUUUCAUUUCAUUUGCAGUAGAAAAAGAUUGUUUCUAUCAUUCAUAUCAUUGCUUUGUUUUAAUAUUAUUAUUGUAAAAUAGUUCCAUUUUAUUUGCAGAUCAACGAAAAUUUCUGUAUCAAUAUUUAUUUCUGGAAUUUACUAUGUUUAUUAUUUUUAAAAAAUGUUCUAUAAAAAUAUAUAGCUGAUAAUAUUGGUUAGAUUAAACAAUCUUCAUUAAAUUUUUAGUUAUUAAUUUUUCUCAUGAUAUUGAUUAUAACAAAUAAUAUUGUGAAUUUACAGAAAAAGUUGUUACUAAUGUAACUAAAAAUUAUGCUAGGAAUAUCUUUUUCGAUAUUUUUACGUUCUUAAUCAUUGAAUCUUCUUCUAUAUUUGUUUAGUUUUCGAUGGUAAAAAAUCAAUGAAUAAUAAAAUAUUAUUCGAUUAUAUAAAUAAUACUCUUCGAUUGUUCAGGUCUCAGAAUUUCACCCUUUUGGAAAAAUUAGAACUUUGAAAUGCAUUCGAGCAUAGUUCAAUCUCACUUGAUAUAUAUCAUUUAUUGCUCCCGAUGUUUUAAAGAUUUUAUAUAUUGAAAUCUCUUAAGAGAUUGUUACUGAGAUUGUCAAGAUUAUUAGAGAUUGGACUAAGUAUGAAGUGUUUCAAGAUUGUUCACUGCAUCACGUUUUUAAACUUUUGUCAUAGAGUAAAUAUGAGUAGAUUUUCUAUGCUUUUUAUGAAUUCGUUCUAAUUAGUCAUUAUUUUACAUACACAUUUUAAAUGGAAAAUCAUUUUUUUCGUAUCUUGACGAUUCUGGAAUCAGUUCAACCUCAAAAAAUGAGAGGUUUUUGUCAUUAUCCACCACUUGGAAAAUUUUAUUUCAUUUUUUCCAAGUAAUUAGAGAUUGAACAGUUUCUAAUUAGAGAUUGAACUGAUUCAGGAGAGUUACUUCUAUCACUCUAGGUCUAAACACUUUUAAAUAAUCCGCCCAAUUUUCAAGAAUGUUCUGUCUGAUAGUAUUUAGGAUAAAUGUGGGUGGAAUUCUGAAAUCUUUCCAGUUUUAAACGUUUUCACAAUUUUCAACUUGUUCACAAUUUGAGAAAAGGAUUUCAAUUUCUAAAUUCAAAUAUUAUUCCAAAUUUUAAAAUUUAUUGCACGUUUAAGUCUUGAAUGUUUAUCAGUUCUUUGUUGCAAGGUUUAUAAAAGAUAAGAUUUUUUAAUCACUGUUAUUUAGGCAGAAAUACAAACUAGUCACACCGAAACACUUUACUUGACAACUUACAUCCAAAUGUAUUGUUUAUAUUAUUAAAAUCGUCAAUUAAAAACCAUCAUGUGCAAAA